UCCAGAUCUCAGAAGGACCCACUUGCAGGUUCGCUCAGCAAUUGCGUGGCGUGAAUCACUUAUUGACAGCCCGGGUCCCCGCUGCAGCCGCGCUCUGAAAUGAGACGGGGCUGCUUUAAGAGAGAAACAGGAAGUUGUAACUAGAAGCCGUCUGAAUACUAAGCCCAGGCAGGAGGCUCACGAAGUAGCAAGUUAAGUGGCAGCUUUUCCCCGAGGUUCCCAGGCAGCCGGAGUAUCCCGGGCAGCUUGCGGACCCGGAGCCCAGGCGAGGGAUGGAGAGGCAGCAGAGGCUCCCCUCCCAGGAGGAUGCGUAUCCGUUUCAGCACCAAGGGGCGGUGGAGCUGCUGGUCUUUAAUUUUCUGCUCAUCCUCACCAUCCUGACCAUCUGGCUGUUUAAAAACCAUCGUUUUCGCUUCUUGCACGAAACGGGAGGAGCGAUGGUGUACGGGCUUAUAAUGGGGUUGAUCUUGCGAUAUGCCACAGCACCAACUGAUAUUGAAAGUGGAACUGUCUAUGAUUGUGGCAAACUGGCCUUCAGUCCGUCAACUCUGCUGAUUAAUAUCACUGACCAAGUUUACGAAUAUAAAUACAAAAGAGAAAUCAAUCAGCACAACGUCAGUCCUCACCAAGGCAAUGCAAUACUUGAAAAGAUGACAUUUGAUCCAGAAAUCUUCUUCAAUGUUUUACUACCGCCAAUUAUAUUUCACGCAGGAUAUAGCCUAAAGAAGAGACACUUUUUCCAGAACUUAGGAUCUAUUCUGACCUACGCCUUCCUGGGGACCGCCAUUUCCUGCAUCAUCAUCGGGUUAAUUAUGUAUGGCUUUGUGAAGGCUAUGGUCCAUGCUGGCCAGUUGAAAAAUGGAGACUUUCAUUUCACUGACUGUUUGUUUUUUGGCUCACUGAUGUCUGCUACAGAUCCAGUGACCGUGCUGGCCAUCUUCCACGAGCUGCACGUGGACCCCGACCUAUACACGCUGCUGUUUGGAGAGAGUGUCCUGAAUGAUGCGGUCGCCAUCGUCCUUACCUACUCUAUCUCCAUCUACAGUCCCAAGGAGAACCCAAACACAUUCGACGCCGCCGCAUUCUUCCAGUCGGUGGGGAAUUUCCUGGGUAUCUUUGCUGGCUCCUUCGCAAUGGGGUCCGCGUAUGCAGUGGUCACGGCAUUGCUGACCAAGUUCACCAAACUCUGCGACUUCCCCAUGCUGGAAACCGGCCUCUUCUUCCUGCUGUCCUGGAGCGCCUUCCUGUCGGCCGAGGCCGCGGGCCUCACAGGCAUAGUCGCCGUUCUCUUCUGCGGAGUCACGCAGGCUCAUUACACCUACAACAAUCUCUCGCUGGACUCCAAAAUGAGGACGAAACAGUUGUUUGAGUUUAUGAACUUCUUGGCCGAGAAUGUCAUCUUCUGUUACAUGGGCAUGGCACUGUUCACGUUCCAGAAUCAUAUCUUCAACGCUCUUUUCAUACUCGGAGCCUUUGUAUCCUUGGAAAUGGCCCGGAUCUGCCCUCUGUACCCGUGCAGCUGGCUUCUGGCUUUGGGGCGCCGGCAUAAAAUUCCGUACAAUACCACUCAUCGGAUAAUAUUUUCAAGUCUGCGAGGAGCCAUCGCGUUCGCCUUGGCCAUCCGCAACACGGAAUCCCAGCCCAAACAGAUGAUGUUCACCACCACUCUGCUCCUGGUGUUCUUCACCGUGUGGGUGUUCGGAGGAGGGACGACCCCCAUGCUGACCUGGCUCCAGAUCCGAGUCGGCGUGGACCCGGAUGAAGACCUGAAGGAGGAGCCCUCCCCGCACCAGGAAGCAAAUAACACGGAUAAAAGUCGAACAAAGACGGAGAGUGCUUGGCUCUUCCGGAUGUGGUACGGCUUUGACCACAAGUACCUGAAGCCCAUCCUGACCCACUCGGGCCCUCCGCUGACCAGCACGUUGCCCGAAUGGUGUGGGCCCGUCUCCAGGCUGCUCACCAGCCCACAGGCCUACGGGGAACAGCUCAAAGAAGAUGAUGUGGAGUGCAUUGUCCACCAGGACGAACUGGCCAUGAAUGUCCAGGAACAAGCCACGUCACCCGGCAGCCCCGGGGUGGGGCUGGGUGUGAACCAGCGGCCGUCGCCCCAGACGCCCAGCAGGGAGAACAUCUACGAGGGGGACCUGGGCCUCGGGGGCUACGGUCUCAAGCUCGAGCAGGCCCCGGGGUCUGCCCAGCCGAAGUGACGGGCAGGGCAGGGGCGCGGAUGGAACCCAGGAGGCUCAGGACUGGGGCUUGGGGCCAGGGGACGCUGGUCUCCCCGGCACCCGCGGAGCCGGACACGUCCCUGCGCCUCCCGACAGUGCGCGUGUCUGUUCCCAGGGCCCUGGGGGGCUCCCGGUCCCUUUGGUCCCUCUCUGCCAGGGGUCCAGGGCUCUGCCCUGACCUUCCCGCUGCUGUGACACCAGCUGCCACCUCUGCUCCGCUCAAACCCUGCGCCCCCACUCCGGGUUCUGUGCCCCCCUCAGUGAGCUCCUGGCGUCCGCUCUGCUGGGGGGUCCCGCUCAGCCUCCCGCCCCCCCACCCCACCCAGGCGAGCCUGCGCCUUGCAGAGGACCCUCCCGGCGAGUGCGGGAGUCCUGGCUCGGGCCCCGCUGGACCGGAAGCUGGAUCUCCCCGGCCCUCGGGCCGAGGCGUCGCUCCUGGGUUCUGCGGCUCUGGGCACCAGGGGGAGGCGCCUCCGCCGGCCUCUGGACCCCGGCGUUGCCCCCCCCCCGCCCCCGCAGCUGAGCGAGCCCCGCCCAGAGCCUAGAACACAGCGGCGGGUGCCACGCCUUUAUCCACUCUCGAGAUACCUCAAGCCAGCGCCCCCCAGCCCAGAGGUCCCCCCAGAAAGCAGGCUCAAAUCUCAGGGGCCCCGCUAGGACGAGCCUGCUCUCGAGGGGGGGGGGGCCACAGCCUUGCUUCACGGGCCGGUCACGGCGCCCUUAACUGACCUGUGGAGUUGGAGGGACACCUUCCCCCUCCCCCCCCCCACACACGCCCACCCCAUGCCUGCCUUUCCCAGCUGUAGAUUCCAGGGGGCUGCGCUGGUUUAGCUUCCGCCAGCUGCCUCUGGGACGCGGUGGAAUGUGAUGUUUUCUAAUUUGAAUCUUAAUUAAAUUUUGAUCGAAACCUGA